GAGCAGGUAAAAAAGAAGGAUUUGCCUAAGCGCUUCCAGGGAGCGGGCCCGGCAGAGCCCUCCAGCCCAUGCCCUGCGGGGAGCCGUCGUCAGGAGCGCCGAGCCACGAUGUCCAUACUUGCCAAAAUGGGGGACUGGCAGGACCGUCACGACGGCACCAGCAACGGGACUGCACGGUUGCCCCAGCUGGGCACUGUAGGUCAAUCUCCCUACACCAGCGCCCCGCCGCUGUCCCACACCCCCAAUGCCGACUUCCAGCCUCCCUACUUCCCCCCGCCCUACCAGCCCAUCUAUCCCCAGUCGCAAGAUCCUUACUCCCACGUCAACGACCCCUACAGCCUGAACCCCCUGCACGCUCAGCCGCAGCCGCAGCACCCGGGCUGGCCCGGCCAGAGGCAGAGCCAGGAGUCUGGCCUCCUGCACACGCACCGGGGGCUGCCCCACCAGCUGUCUGGCCUGGACCCUCGCAGGGACUACCGGCGGCACGAGGAUCUCCUGCAUGGCCCGCACGGGCUCGGCUCAGGACUCGGAGACCUCCCGAUCCACUCCUUACCUCACGCCAUCGAGGACGUCCCGCAUGUAGAAGACCCGGGUAUUAACAUCCCAGAUCAAACUGUAAUUAAGAAAGGCCCUGUGUCCCUGUCCAAGUCCAACAGCAACGCUGUCUCCGCUAUUCCUAUUAACAAGGACAACCUCUUCGGCGGCGUGGUGAACCCCAACGAAGUCUUCUGUUCAGUUCCGGGUCGCCUCUCGCUCCUCAGCUCCACCUCGAAGUACAAGGUCACGGUGGCGGAAGUACAGCGGCGCCUCUCCCCGCCCGAGUGUCUCAACGCGUCGCUGCUGGGAGGAGUACUCCGGAGGGCGAAGUCUAAAAAUGGAGGAAGAUCCUUAAGAGAAAAACUGGACAAAAUAGGAUUAAACCUGCCAGCAGGGAGACGUAAAGCUGCCAAUGUCACGUUGCUCACAUCACUAGUGGAGGGAGAAGCUGUCCACCUAGCCAGGGACUUUGGGUACGUGUGUGAAACUGAAUUUCCUGCCAAAGCAGUAGCUGAAUUUCUCAACCGGCAACAUUCCGAUCCCAAUGAGCAAGUGACAAGAAAAAACAUGCUCCUGGCUACAAAACAGAUAUGCAAAGAGUUCACCGACCUGCUGGCCCAGGACCGCUCUCCUCUGGGGAACUCCCGGCCCAACCCCAUCCUGGAGCCAGGCAUCCAGAGCUGCUUGACCCAUUUCAACCUCAUCUCCCAUGGUUUCGGCAGCCCAGCAGUGUGUGCCGCCGUUACAGCCCUGCAGAACUAUCUCACUGAGGCCCUCAAGGCCAUGGACAAAAUGUACCUCAGCAACAACCCCAACAGCCACACAGACAACAGCGCCAAAAGUAGUGACAAAGAGGAGAAACAUAGAAAGUGAAGGGUGCGGCUGGCCCUGUUCCCGCGCUCCUGCACCUCACCACCAGCCCCCAGCACCCACCAGCCCUCUCCUGCUCCCACAACUCACUCUUCAGGCGACAGCUCUGGGAAGCCCCCUCCUCCUGCUGCUGCUGUUGCUGCUGCUGCUGCCGCUACUGCCACUGCCACCUUUACCCUUGGUCCACCAAGUUCAGGGGAGGGACAGCCACUGCUGACUCAGCCCCUCUGCCUCAACCUCCCCAUCAGCACCAGCCUCCCCUUGUGCCCUCCUACGGAGCCUAAGAGAACAGAACAGGCCGUGAAGCCAGCAAAGAAAAGUUCUGUCAGAGUUUGUGAACUCUUUUUUUUUUUUAAAAAAGCAAAUCAACAACAACAGACAACAACAAAACAAAAACUUUUUUUCUAAAAAAAGAACAUAAAAGUUUAAAAAAAAUGAUAUGAGCUUCAUAGGACUGAAUCACCAUCUUCCCUUACAUACUUCAGUUCAGAUUGUAGCCAUACUUUAAAAAAAGUAAAAAAGGAUAAUGACAUUUUUAUCAGUAUUGUGAAUAAACUUGAACAAAAUACACGAAGUUCCAUGUCAUGUCUUCAGUUGUAGAAGUUUUUCCUCUUCAAGGUAAAGCCACCAACUUGAACUGUCUCUGGCAACACGAUUCACGGUUAUAUAAGGGAGUCAGUGUUCAUGUCUCUGUAUAUAUUUAUUUAUGUGUAAUUUAAUGGGAAUUGUAAAUAUGGUGAGUCUGUUUUAAGCCUUUUUUUAUUUAUCUGGUGAUCUCGUUUACCUCUUGUUUAGUGGGUUUUGAAUCUUCCCUAUUAGUUCUUCAUGUGGCUCAUGGUACUUAUUUAGAAAUCCAAGGUUUGGGGGAUUGAUUUUUUUUUCCUCUGGGAUUCAUGAAUUUAGGCCUGUUGUAGCAUGUUAAAGGCAACAAUAAAACAACUGAACAAAUUUUAAAAGAGUAAAAUAAAAUUUUAUAUAAUUAGUAUUACAGUUUAGCUUUUUCAGUGAACUUGAAAGAAAACAAAAGUGAUAUUGGACCCUGCAGAGUUUUUUUGUUUUGUUUUUGUUCUUUUUUUAACUUGAGGGGAUAUUUUUAGCCCUUCUAUGUAUUGUGGGGAGAAAAAAAAAGUUUAUUUUAUUUUACUGUCCUCCCUUAAAAAGCAUCAUUGGAGCAAUAAAUGGAUAUUGUCUUUAAACCAAGGGUUAGGGAUUCUCUCUCUCUCUCUCUCUCUUUCUCUCUCUUUCUCUUCAAAGAACUUCAAACAUUUGGGACCACCUGGUACUCUGUAUCUUCACUGGCCGUAUUGGAAGCAGUUCUAGUCGUAUUGUAUUGAGCUGUGCUGGCGGUAGUCACCAUGCCUGUCAAUGUAUCAUAGUCCUUUGUUGCCCAGAUAAAUAAAUAUUUGAUACGCUUUAUGUCGAUUUUUUUUUUUUAUUCAGUGGCUGUCUUUACCCAGGCGUAUUUUUGUUCUUGGCAGUAUUUUUUAUUCAGUAUGGUUACAGUAAUUGAGUUUAACUCUCCCUUGGCAAUUGCUCCUUGCAAUAAGCAGCUGAACCCAUUGUUUCCCUCAAGUAUAAUAAAAACUUACUUUCAACUUGGAGUUCAGAGCAGGGUAUCAUUUAGAUAUUCCACUGAGUCUGCAUUCAGACAAAUGAUACAAUAAAACUCAAUAUAUUCUUUUGGAUAAAAGAUUGUUUGUACUGCUAAAGGAAUGACAUACUAUCUUUUCCUUACUUGAAACAUUCAUUUUAUUAUUAAAAAUAAAGUUUUAUUUUAUUUA